GUCCUCUCCGAUCCGGGUCUCCACAGAGUCUAACUCUGACCCGACCCGACCCAAUUCACUAAUGGAGGACGAACCAAAGCUCCCAACCGAUGACGGUCCAACUUUCGGCGAGUCGUGUAAAAUCUCGUCAGCGAUAUUGACUGCCGGUGAUCGGAAAUUACUUAAAGUUGAACUCCUUCAAGAGGAGACCACGCACGUGUCGUGGAAGAAGCUUAUGGACGAGGCUUGCAAGGAAAACGGCUUGUUCGCUUCGCCCCCCGAACGGCCUCCUAAUGCUAACCCUAACCUCGACUUUCGCCUUGCACCGGGGGCACAAACAGAAAAUGAAAUGGUGAAUCAACCUCAUCCUAAUCGUCUUAACUCCGUUAUAGCAAAGAUUGAGAGACUUUAUAUGGGUAAAGACGGUAGUGAUGGGGAAGAGUUAGAUGGUGCUCCUGACGAUGACGACUAUGACACUGAAGAUUCAUUUAUCGAUGAUGCUGAAUUGGAUGAGUAUUUUGAAGUUGAUAAUUCGCCAAUAAAACAUGAUGGAUUUUUUGUCAAUAGAGGAAAGUUAGAACGAAUUGAACCUUCAGCUACAUCAAACCAGCAGCAACCAAAGAAAAGGCGAAGGAAGGAGUCAGCAAAACCUUGUGGCGACGUUGUUGAUGUAUCCAGAAAACAAGCCAAAAUGGCUAAGACGGCUGGGGGAAAGGAUCAAUCAGCUGCUCCUGGGCCCUCUUCGAAGAAAAUUUCCAAUGAUUCAAAGACAGUGCAAGAUUCGUUUUCCCCUUUGAAAGCUCAAAAUGGCAAUGAUUCCUUAGUUUUGGAAAAUGUGAAGCAUACUGAUAAAGCGAAUCAUCAGCCAAUGAAUGCCACGAGUCCGAAGUCAAAGGCAGCUGGAUCGUCUUUCCCCCUUCAUCUGAAGUGCAGCAACAAAAGUGUUCAUGAACAAUCUAAUUCCCUUCCCGGAAUAUCUCGGCCAAAUGAUUCGGGAAAAUCAGCAGUAGUUCGUCAGCAAGUUAACAAUGGCAUGCCUGACCUGGACAUUGCAACGGAAAGCAAAAAAUCUGUUCAAAUAUCUCAUAUCCCCAUGGUAUUUACAUUAGAUUGCUCUUUACCUUUCUCUAUUCAGAAAAAAGGCGGUUCGAAUGGCAGGCCUAAAUCCUCGACACUUGAGAAAGCCAUCAGGGAAUUGGAGAAGGUGGUCGCUGAAUCAAGGCCUCCUGCUGUCACUGAGAAUCAAGAUGCCGAUAUCUCUUCCCAAGCAGUGAAGAGGGGAUUGCCAGGAGAUGUAAAGUUGAAUCUUGCUAAAGUUGCUAGAAUCGCGCAUGCGAGCCAAGGAGAUAUAUCAGGAGAGUUAAUCAAUCGUCUCAUGAGCAUUGUCGGUCAUCUAAUACAGAUUAGAUCACUUAAGAGGAACUUGAAAAUCAUGAUUGAUUCGAGCGUCACUGCAAAUCGAGAAAAGGAUACUAGCGCGCCUAGGCCUCGCCUAGGCUCAAGGCGCAGUGAGGCUAAGGGGUCAGCGCCUCUAAUUGGUGAGGCUAGGCGAUCUCCUAGAGGCUCUCGCUCCGGGACGCCUGGGCUCAAGGCUCGCCUCAACUCGCUCUGCGCCUCAGGCAGAAAAAGUUGCGCCUCAAACGGCCAAGGCUCAGAGGCUCCAGCGCCUAGGCUCAAGGCUCAAACUGAGCACCCCAGCGCCUUGCCUCGCCUUGCGCUAUUUAAAACACAGGAAUGCACCAAACUCAGAGAAACAAGUCAAGAAGCUGGAACAUCAGAUGAUUUUCAGGAUGUUGGCUCUCUUGGAAAGCCACCUGUGAAGAAGUUUGUCAUGGAUGUGGCGCUGGAGGAAAAAUUGUGUGAUCUAUAUGACGUGUUUGUUGAGGGAAUGGAUGAACAUUCAGGUCCACAGAUCAGAAAGCUUUAUUCAGAUCUAGCUGAACUCUGGCCAAAUAGGUUAGUGGACAAUCAUGAGAUCAGGCGUGCCAUUUGCCGAGAAAAGGAAAGGCGGAGAGCAUUGAAAGGAAACUUUGGGAAGGAGAUGGAUCAAACGAAGAUAACUACUUAUCCCGACAAGGCUUCAGGUGUUGGAGUUAAAGCGAGUGUUGUCCUAAGUGCAACUACCACGUCCUUAGUGGACUGUCAAGCUGCAUCAGAUUCGUCCUGUGAAAGGUCAAAGAAGAAAAAUGAGAAAGUAAAGGGAACCUCGAGCUUAAGCAACCCUGCAGCAGAACGAAAUACAGUCAGAAGAAAGACAGAACCAGCUCUAGAAGAAACUCAGCUGCCCGCAGAAAAACCUCUCGUUCUGGCCCUGAAGCGGCAGACACAUCCACAGUCCAAGGCACAUAAACAGGCACAGCCAGAGCUUGACGAAUCUCGUGCUAUGCUACAAGGUUUUCCGGCGGCGAUGAAGACGACGCAACUGUUCAAAGGGGCAAAUGUGUUCAUGUCUCGGAAUCUGGUGCCUCCUGAAGUCUUCGACACACUUCUCGAUGCUUUCAAGCUUAACGGUGCCGAAAUCUUCCUCUGCUGCGACCCAUCUCGGAGCGGUCCCUCCGAUUUCCAUGUCAUCGCAUCUCCCGAUCAUGAGAAAUUUGAGGAUCUUAAAGCCAAGGGUUGUAACUUAAUUGGUCCGCAAUGUGCGCUCUCCUGUGCGAAAGAGGGUAGACCACUGCCACAAGGGGGAUUCACUUGUUGCCUAGCUAUGGAUGGUCUGAAAGUUCUUGCUUCUGGUUUUCUGAUAGAUGAGAAGGCCAAGAUCAAGGAGUUGGUUACUUCCAUGGGUGGCGCUUUACUUUCCAAAGCUUCUUCUGAUGUCAACUUCGUCAUUGUGAAAAAUGUCUUGGCUGCCAAGUACAAGUGGGCUCUGAAUAAGAAGCCAAUCGUUACACUGAAUUGGUUACAUCGGUGUUGGAAUGAGCACCGUGUGGUUCCCCAGGAACCAUAUAAGAUUCCUCCUUUUUCUGGAUUGACAAUCUGUGUCACAAGAAUUCCAGCAGAUGAGCGCAAGGGAAUGGAGAAGGUAAUUUCAGAAUAUGGAGGGAACUACUCUGCUGAGCUAACAAAGAGUUGUACACAUUUGAUCGCUGAUAUAUCCUUUGAAGCAAAAUUUAAAAAUUUGCUAAUCCUAGGUGACAAAUACAAAGUUGCUCGAAAAUGGGGUCACAUUCAAAUUGUCACACGGAAAUGGUUUCAGCAGUCCAUCGAUAGAAAAGUGUGUCUCAAUGAAGAGUUAUAUCCUGUUCUCAGUUCCAUACCCUUGACAAGAGGGGUGCAAGAUUUGGGGGUCCAUAAUGGUCAAGAAAAGUUUCCUUCGGUUGCAACUGCGUCUGCGGCAGAUUCAUAUGUUUCUUGUGCUCAGUCUAGAGACUCAGAUAUAGAAGCUUCUGGUUCACAAAAUGUUUUUUCCACUUCUAUGAAUCCCAGUACCGAUGUUAAAGAACCAAGUGGAGGCCCAACUACAAGGCCGCAAGAGCAAAAUAUUGAUGGUUGUACUGCUAGGGAUUCAGAAUCCGAAGACAAUGACUUGUACUUAUCAGAUUGUAGAAUUUUCCUGCUUGGUUUUGAAGCUUCUGAAAUGCGUAAACUUGCUAAGUUGGUCCGCAGAGGUGGUGGAUCCCGGUAUAUGCUGCUUAACGAAAGAAUGACUCAUAUUGUUGUUGGAACUCCUUCAGAGAGUGAGAAAAGAGAAGCGAGGAGUGUUGCAGCCUCUGGUGUCAUUCAAGUAGUCAUACCCAGCUGGCUUGAAGAUUGUGAUCGUGAGAAAAAAGAAAUUCCCGUUCAUAAAAUAUAUACUGCUAACCACUUGAUUCUUCCAAGAGAUUCUGCAUGCUUGACCAAGGGAUCAUUUGUAGGGAUGUCAAGUAUGGAACAGAGUAAACAUACUAGCGGUCAGACCAUGGCAUAUGAUUCUUCUUCAAGGAGUAUCAAUGUCUCAAAUGGGACAGCAACUUUGCUGGGAAAGAACAAAGAAGCAAUGCAGGAAUUUGGCAGGAAAGAUGAGAUUCAUACAGGAAGAAAAAUAGUAUCACCCAAGCAAAAAGAAACACUUAUUUCCCUUGUAACUAGUAAAAGCGAAGAACAACAGAGUACUCAAUGUGAAUUCAGUGGUCAGAACGAGCAAGAAAGAAAGUCAUCGGUAUUUAAGGGGGAGACAUUUUGUUUCUCGCAUUCUUUUCCUGAAGAUAGGCGACCUGACAUCGUGGAAUGGGUCAAUCAAGGAGGGGGAGAGGUGGUAAAUGAUCCUUUGAUAAAUAAUGCACGUUUUACUAUUGAAUGCCAUGGUGGGUUCCGAAGUGCCGGGACUACCCAAACUAUCUAUGUCUCAAGUCAUUGGGUUCGAUAUUGUUUAGAGGUUGGUUGUUUACUUGCUGUUAGUAGUCAUAUCCUCUACUCACCUCUUCCCUGCCAGACACCUUUGCCUGGAUUCGAAAGCCUUUGCAUAUGUAGUUCCCAACAUAAAGAGAAGGAUAUACCACUCCUGAAAAAUUUGUGUGUUGUUCUUGGAGCAAAAUAUGUGAAAAAACUAACCAGGAAAGUGACGCACUUGCUAUGCAUCUCUGCAGACGGACAUAAGUAUGAGACAGCUUCCAAGUGGGGAAUAGUUUCCGUGACACCUGACUGGCUUUGUGAAUGUGUUAGACAGAAUCAAGUUGUUUGUCCAGAUAACUUCCAUCCAAAGGAAUCAACCACUCAAGAAGCAGGGUCUGGCUUCGCAAGUCAUUUUCAUACACAGUUUGUGCCAAUGGCCUCAAGGGACAAUGUGUCUCUACUUGUAAGUCACUCUGAAGACAGGGAAAAAAAUCAAAGUUUUGCUGGCAAAAGCGGUUGCGGUAAAGGUGAAUUUAAUAACAGACUUGGAGAAAUUGGAAAGGAACAGGCUUUUCCGUCUAAGAAGGCAAAACUUCUGAGAGAUGGUCAAGAAAGUGAUGUGUAUCCUGUGAGAGAACUUCCAAGCAAUUGUGAUCGCCCUUCGCAUUCUGGAGAAGGCAUUGUGUCUGGAUAUGAUGUAGGAAGUGGUCGUGAAGUUCCAGAUGUGGCUGAUACUAUUGAGGAUCUGUUAGAGCAGACUAGUAAAAUUCAAGAUCAGAAGUCUCCUGGGAUGAUUUCAGAAAAGACUCAUUUUUCAACUAGUGAACAAUACAACACCGGGAAUCACUGUGUCACUGGCCUGUCUAGACACUGGAUAAACAGGGUCCAAAAGAAUGAUGACAUGGGCAGUCCUCCAGGAGAUGUAACUACAGGCACUUACGGAAACUUUAGUGAGACGCAGACAGAAUCACAGGUUGUUGGUUACGAGGAAGAUCUUUCAGGAAGGCAGAUGCUUAUAGACAGAGUUAGAACACGAAGCAGCUUAACAUAAAGAGACAGGGUGAGGUGCUCGUUGAGACAGAAACAUCAAACAUGUGCGACUGUAUUGAUGAGAAGUCCAAUGUAAUGUUGCAAAAACAUCCAUUAAAGAAACAGCAGCCAUAUCAAAGUCAUUGAUCAUAUUCAUAUGUAGAUCACAAUUUUUUUAGAUUAAGAAACUUUUAUGAAGUUU